GGCGAUGUUUUGGUUGAAAUUAUAUAAAAAAUAAUUUCGAAUUCAAUUGAAUUGGAUUGAUUGGAAUUGGUGGUUUACAUCUACAAUAUAUAAUUUAAAACAUAAACGUAUUUUUAAGGAAUAAUGUUUGAGUCGGACGAUUUUGAUCAGGUUUUAUCCCAAUUUGAAUUUCCUGUGGCUCCUUCUCCAAAUAAUGAACCAGAAGCAAAUAAAACGUCGAGUCAUCACAAUUUGGAAAAGUUUACAGAACCACCAGAUAAAAUAAAAAAGUCAGAUUAUUCUCAAGAACCCUUUAAUAAACUUAACGUGAAGGACAAUAUUAGUAAUUCAAUGAUGUCUCCGGCGCCCGGAAAUAAUUCAAAUGUCAAAGAAAAUAUUAGUGACAUAAUUGUACCAUCAAACCCUGUUUCUCCUAAACAUACAAAAAGAAAAAUUAUUGGUUCAUAUUUUGACCAUAAAAGUAAAAGGAAAUUUCCAGGCCCUGCUGGGAUGCUUACUGGGGUCCUUGAAGAGAACACAGAUGCAGUAGUGUGCCAAAUGGAGCUGUUGUCACAGGAUGUAGAUUUUACACAGAAUUGUUUACAAAAAGAUGCAUUUGACUCUCCUUUAUGGUUGAGGUUACAAGAAGAUAUCAAAGACUGGAAUUUAGGCUCUAUAGAUACAACAAAAGCAAUAAAACAAACCUGCAUCUCUGGUAGCAUCCGGAAAAGAAAAGCUCAAACUGUUGCAGCAUUCAUUGAGUCUGUUGAUAGAUCUAUCAUUGAUCCAUUGGUGACACUCAGGGAUUCUAUGGGUAGUAUAAAGUGUACAUUACACAGAGAUGCCUGGUCAAAAUUUGCACCUUACAUUGUCUCUGAAUGUAGCGCAAUAGUCUUAUGGAAACCAACAAUAUUAACAACAGGAAGUGCAUUCAAGAAAUAUUACUUGAAUAUUACAUUGAGUAAUAUAUUUGCUAUUUAUAGUUCUGUAGUUAUAGACAGUGAUGUUAAUACAGCAUUGCCAGAUGGGUAUGUAAAAACUUAUGAAGGUGAUUUUACUGUCAUCAAGGUCAAUGAAUCAUCAUUACAUUCAGGUUUAAGCAGUAUAGUACCUUCACCUGAUGAAAACUGCUUACUUGAUGGAUUGGAUAAUAUUUUUUCAGAUGAUAUAUUUUGAUACAUUGAGUAUGGCUCUUAGAGCCUUUAAGCUCUAAGAAAUAAAAACUUUUUAUUUGGUCUGAGGCUCUAACUAAGGUAUAUCUAUGUAAGGUGAUAAUAAAAAUAUUUUUUUAUGAAACAUAAGUUUUACUAAGACUUCAUUUUUAUAUGUCUU